CCGGUGGAGCCCAGCCCAGGAGGGAAGCAGGGUGUGGGGACCCAGGGAGCUCCAGUCUACUCUGAGCUGUGGUUCAUCCUACUGCUAGUCCUACUGGGUCUCCUGGUCCUGGCUGUGCUGCUGGGCCUGGUGCUGAGGAGGGCCCUGAGGAAAGAACCCUUCAUUAGGGAACGCCCCCCUCUCGUCCCCCUGCAGAAGAGGAGCCAGGCAGGAGGAGACGCUUACAUGGUGAGAGAGAGACCCAAUUCCAAACGCCCCCUAUCCGUAACCCUAGGUACUUUGUGUAGACCUUAAAGGAUUGAAUAAGUAUUAGCGAUGUGAUAAUGGCUCUAUCUUGUCAUUGCUAAUACCUGUCCAUAUGUUUUAAAUGAAGUAUAUAUAAAAAAAAAUGUAUACUGAAGAUUUUUGAACAGGCAGUCUUUUAUGAAAUGAGCUUUCUUCUGUUGCACUGACUUAAAUUCAGCCUCUUGCCCACUAGAGGGCGAUGACAACCCAUUUAUUAUGUACUAGCAGAGGUGCCCUCUUGUGGUUUUGAAAUGCCUGAAUCCUUUUUCUGUAUAUGUAAUAAUGUGUGGAAAGACAUUGACAACUAAUUGUACAUUUGACUAUUCACUGUGCCUCAGGUGAUUUCCAUUUCCUUCUUGUUAUAUUCUGUCAUUAUUUUCUUCUUCUUCUUUUUCUUCCCAUUCUUCCUACUUGCCCUCUCUUUCCUACUUGCCCUCUCUUUCCUACUUGUCCUUUCUGUUCUCCUCACUCCUCUUGUCUCCUCCCUCUCAGAGGCCGUAUUCUAGCAUGUGUUCUAAACACCACGCCAGUACUCUGCUCCUCACUGACCUCUCCACUGUUGCAGUAAGCCUGUCUCGGUCUCUCUGUCUGUAUAUGUCUCUGUCCACACGUAUGCAUCGACAUGCUUAUAACACGUGUGUGCUUCUACAUCAGGGUUCCCCAACUGGCGGCCCGCGGGUCAUUUUAUUUGGCACUCCCAAGUUUUCUGAGCAAAAAAAAAGGGUAACACUUUACUUGACACACAGUGACAUAACUUGUCAUAACCUGUCAUAAUAUGGUAAUAACACUGUCAUGGCCCAUAUAUUUAGACCUGUUGUGACAUAUAUUGUGUUAUUUUAUGGCUGGUUAUGACACCUACAUAAGAGUGUCAAAACCCACAUUUAUGCUCCUGAAAUCUGCUCCUGCAUUCAUCCCAGUCAUCAACAACAGAGCAUUGGGGUAGGUUGAUGUCUGACAUCAAUGUGUGCACAAUUACAAUGCUAAUUUAAUAUGGUCAAAAUAUUUUACAAACAUACUGUUGACAUGUGGGCUAUGGUGUAAUGGAAUGUUUUGCCUUGUGUGGUAGGUUUUGUAAGUGUCAUAACCAGCCAUAAAAUAACUACUGUGGUAGUUUUUGUGGGUUUUUACACUCUUAUGUAGGUGUCAUAACCAGCCAUAAAAUAACGCAAUAUAUGUCACAACAGGUCUAAAUAUAUGUGUGAUGACAGUGUCAUGACCAUAUUAUAACAGGUUAUGACAAGUUAUUUCAGCUGUUAUGACGCUGGGUGUCAAGUAAAGUGUUACCAAAAUAUUAUAUAUAUUUUUUUAUUAUUAUUUAUUGUUGGACAUAAAAGACGAAAAACACCAGCCAAUCAGCUCCAAGUGAUUUUCAUUUUGGAAAUCUGUUACAAAGUAUUCCCACGCAUAAUAGAGAGAUAUGUGUGAUCAUAUACAAAUGUAAGCAAGGUUUGAAAUUAUUAUGUUUUAGUCAAAUAUUAUAUCUGUUUGGGCUUCUUGCGGUCAAUUUGCAGUUAUUUGUAAUUAGGUUCCCGGCUCCCUGAUCAUCCGCUGAAGAAAUAAUCGCCCCGCGGCUGAAUCUCGUUGAUUAUCCCUUUUCUACAUAAUAACACAUGUGUGCAUCAACACCCUUAUGACCCAUAUGUAUGUGUCCUCCUAUAAAGUUAACACACACUGCAAACUCUCACACACACACAGCUGAUGUGUCACACAAUGCCUCUGUCCCAGCAGUUUGAUACGGUAACAGACUGUCUAGAGGACAGCAACGUGACUCUAAAGAGCUACACUAUGAACUAUGAGGUAGGAGGGGACAGAGUGUCUGCAUGCACCCUGCUAUAUACAACCUUAUGGACGGGUUAAGGGGGAAAGGGAGUGUGCAUGCAUCCCACUAACUCUUACACACUUGGCAGGUUGAGAGAGUGUGCAUGUACCACCUUAUAACCCCAAAUGGAAGCAUGCAUAAUUUGAGUCUCAGACUAACACGUCUGCUGUAGUUUACAAUCAACUGGUGUCACUGAUUUCUCCUGGAGGGUGAGAUGAUUUGGGUGAUUCUUGAUUCAGCUGUGCCUGGCCUAUGUCCUUCUGUUUAGAAUUUACGCUUUAAUGGUUAAAUGACCAUUUAAUGUGGACAUGUGGGUCGUGUUACUCUUGGUGUGUGGCAUACUGUUUUAGUACGUGGGAUACUUCUAUUCUACUGGUGGGUGGGUUAAUGUUUCAGUAUGUGGGAUACUUCCAUUGUAUUGGUGUGUGGCUGAUGAUUGUGCUUAUGAAGGUCGGUAUAUGGAUGUAUGAUCCACCUCUACUUCCUGUUACCCAUCACCCCCCAGGGCCUGACGGACAGUAAGAUUGUGGGUGGCGGCUCUCGAUUCAGCCCCAUGUCUGUCCUCCGCGUGCCCAGCCAAUCACAGCUCAGCCACGCCUACUCCCAGAACUCUCUGCACCGCAGCGUCAGUCAGCUGAUCGAACAGGACAGGAAGUCUCUGAUGGGGGAGGGAGGACAAGACUCUGGACUGGUGAGGAGGGAGGACACGACUCUGGACUGGGGAGAGGGGGAGGAGGGAAGACACGACCCUGGACUGGUGAGAUGGGGAGGAGGGAGGACACGACUCUGGACUGGUGAGAUGGGGAGGAGGGAGGACACGACUCUGGACUUGGGAGGAGGGAGGACACGACUCUGGACUGGUGAGAGGGGGAGGAGGGAGGACACGACUCUGGACUGGUGAGAUGGGGAGGAGGGAGGACACGACUCUGGACUUGGGAGGAGGGAGGACACGACUCUGGACUGGGGAGAUGGGGAGGAGGGAGGAAACGACUCUGGACUGGUGAGAUGGGGAGGAGGGAGGACACGACUCUGGACUGGUGAGAUGGGGAGGAGGGAGGACACGACUCUGGACUUGGGAGGAGGGAGGACACGACUCUGGACUGGGGAGAUGGGGAGGAGGGAGGAAACGACUCUGGACUGGUGAGAUGGGGAGGAGGGAGGACACGACUCUGGACUGGUGAGAUGGGGAGGAGGGAGGACACGACUCUGGACUUUGGAGGAGGGAGGACACGACUCUGGACUGGGGAGAUGGGGAGGAGGGAGGAAACGACUCUGGACUGGGGAGAUGGGGAGGAGGGAGGACAAGACUCUGGACUGGUGAGGAGGGAGGACACGACUCUGGACUGGGGAGAGGGGGAGGAGGGAGGACACGACCCUGGACUGGUGAGAUGGGGAGGAGGGAGGACACGACUCUGGACUUGGGAGGAGGGAGGACACGACUCUGGACUGGGGAGAUGGGGGAGGAGGGAGGAAACGACUCUGGACUGGUGAGAUGGGGAGGAGGGAGGACACGACUCUGGACUGGUGAGAUGGGGAGGAGGGAGGACACGACUCUGGACUGGUGAGAUGGGGAGGAGGGAGGACACGACUCUGGACUGGUGAGAUGGGGAGGAGGGAGGACACGACUCUGGACUGGUGAGAUGGGGAGGAGGGGGGACACGACUCUGGACUUGGGAGGAGGGAGGACACGACUCUGGACUUGGGAGGAGGGAGGACACGACUCUGGACUUGGGAGGAGGGAGGACACGACUCUGGACUGGGGAGAUGGGGAGGAGGGAGGAAACGACUCUGGACUGGGGAGAUGGGGAGGAGGGAGGAAACGACUCUGGACUGGUGAGAUGGGGAGGAUGGAGGACACGACUCUGGACUGGUGAGAUGGGGAGGAGGGAGGACACGACUCUGGACUGGUGAGAGGGGGAGGAGGGAGGACACGACUCUGGACUGGUGAGAUGGGGAGGAGGGAGGACACGACUCUGGACUGGUGAGAUGGGGAGGAGGGAGGACACGACUCUGGACUGGUGAGAUGGGGAGGAGGGAGGAAACGACUCUGGACUGGUGAGAUGGGGAGGAGGGAGGACACGACUCUGGACUGGUGAGAGGGGGAGGAGGGAGGACACGACUCUGGACUGGUGAGGGGGGAGGAGGUGGGACACGACUCUGGACUGGUGAGGGGGGAGGAGGUGGGACACGACUCUGGACUGGUGAGAGGGGGGGCGGGGGGACACGACUCUGGACUGGUGAGGGGGGAGGAGGUGGGAGGAGUAGAAGGUCCUACAAUAUAAUGCUUAAAUCCCACUGAUGAUCUCAGAUUGUGUUCCAUUAUAUGAUCUCUGACCAUGAUGUUGUUUCUGUUGCAGUAUGUGGAGGAUGAUGAGUUUGUUGAAGCCAUCAAAGCCUUCAGCUCUGUGAGGAAGGAACACACCAUGUUCACAGACACACACCUC